AUGCACGCCGAUCAUAAGCUUCCUACAGUUGAAUAUAUUGAUCCAAUUAUUUCAGCAGAGAUUCCAGAUAAAAAUGAGGAUCUUGAAUUGUAUUUACUUGUGAAGGAGUUCAUGAUCCAUGGUCCUUGUGGUGCUGAAAAUAUGAAAUGCCCAUGCAUGGUUGACAAUAAGUGUUCAAAAAAAUUUCCUAAGAAGUUCGUUGAUGAAACUUCUAUUGACCGAGAUGGUUUUCCACUGUAUAGGAGACGAAACAAUGGAUUCUUUGUUGAAAAGUCACGUGUGAAGUUAGAUAAUAGAAGUGUUGUUCCAUAUAACAAAGUUCUUUUGAAAAGAUAUCAGGCACACAUCAAUGUUGAGUGGUGCAAUCAGGCUGGAUCGAUAAAAUAUUUGUUCAAAUACAUCAACAAAGGUCCGGAUAGGGCUACAGUUGCAGUUGCAGUUGUACAAAGUAACAAUGACGAACAACAAGAUGAUGAUGCAGUUGAUGAAAUUAACGAAUAUUAUGAUUGUAGAUAUCUAUCUGCAUGUGAAGCAUCAUGGCGUAUAUUUGCAUAUGAGGUUCACUAUAGGAAACCUUCUGUAGUAAGGCUUCCUUUCCAUCUUACUGGGCAGCAACCAGUUGUAUAUGGUGGGGACGAUGAUCUUGAUGAUGUCCUCAACAAGCCUUCUGUAAAUUCUUCGAUGUUCUUAUCUUGGAUGAAGCGUAACGAAGGUGAUGAAGAAGCACGAAAACUUAAUUAUGUUGAAUUCCCAACGAAGUACGUGUGGAAACUAAAAGAGCGUUGUUGGGAACCCAGGCAAAAAUGUGAGUCGAUUGGUAGAAUUCAUGCGGUGUCUCCUGCUCUCGGUGAAGCAUAUUUUUUAAGAAUUCUUUUAAACAAAGUCAAAGGUCCAAGAUCUUUUGAAGAAAUUCGUACGGUAAAUGGGCAUAUAUAUCCUUCUUUUAGAGAUGCAUGUUAUGCACUAGGACUUUUAGAUGAUGACAUGGAGUAUAUCGAAGCCAUUGAGGAAGCAAAUGAGACAGGUUCUGGUUAUUAUCUACGGUCUUUAUUUGCGACCAUGCUAAUGUCUAAUAGUUUAUCUAGACUGGAUUUUGUUUGGGAAAAAACCUGGAAAAUUUUGUCCGAUGGCAUUCAACACAAACGGCAUAGACCAGGCACUCCAGCACUGCCACUUACUGAUGAUCAACUUUGGAACCUAACUUUGUCAGAGAUUGAAAAUAUUUUACUUCGUAAUAAUUCCAGUCUACGAAAGUUUACGAUGAUGCCGUACCCUGAUUAUGAAUCUGUGUCUUCUUCAAAUAAUCGUUUGAUUACCGAGGAGCUAGGUUAUGACAGACAGAAUCUACAAAAUGAGUUUCAUGAUCUUUAUCUUGCAUUAACAAACGAACAACGUUGCAUUUAUGACGAUAUCAUGACAUCGGUUCAACAUAACGCAGGAGGUGUGUUUUUUGUUUACGGUUAUGGUGGAACCGGUAAAACCUUCCUUUGGAGGACAUUUUCUGCUGGCAUACGAUCAAAAGGUCAAAUUGUUUUAAAUGUUGCUUCAAGUGGGAUUGCAUCGUUGUUAUUGACCGGAGGUAGGACGGCACACUCACGAUUUCUAAUUCCUAUAAAUCUUAAUGAGGAUUCUAUUUGUUAUAUAAAUCCAAAUGGCGGUGUUGCCCGAUUAUUAAGGCAAACAACACUGAUUAUAUGGGACGAAGCACCAAUGGUUCAUAAGCAUGUCUUUGAAGCUUUGGAUAGAACUUUGAGAGAUAUAUUGACAUGUGGUAGCUCUAACAACUCGGAAUUGCCAUUUGGAGGAAAAGUAAUAGUUUUUGGUGGAGAUUUCAGACAGAUUCUCCCUGUUAUUCCUAAUGGAAGUAGACAAGACAUCGUCAAUGCGUCUCUAAGUUCCUCGUACCUUUGGGCAAGAUGCAAAGUUCUUAGACUAACAAAAAACUUGAGGUUAAGUGUUAGAAGUGAACCAUCCGCUAUGGAACAAACAAAGAUAUUUGCAAAAUGGCUUUUGGAUGUAGGAGAAGGAAAUGUUGGUGGUGCGAAUGAUGGUGAGGCUACUAUCGAUAUACCUGAGGACCUGCUCAUUGCCGAUUCAUUUGAUCCUAUAGGCAAUCUAAUUGAUUUUGUUUAUCCACGUAUUCUUGAAAAUUUCAACGAUCCAAACUUCUUUCAGGAAAGAGCAAUACUUGCACCGAAGAAUGAAGUCGUUCAGCAAAUUAAUGAUCGUUUGUUAGCGAUUUUUCCCGGUGAUGAAAAGGAAUACCUAAGUUCAGAUAGUAUCUGUCAGUCAGAUCAUGUUCACGAUAACUUUGAUGAACGUUUAUAUUCACCCGAUGUUCUUAAUGGACUUAAACUCUCAGGUUUGCCAAAUCAUAAAUUAGUACUAAAAGUCGGGAUUCCUGUUAUGCUGCUAAGAAAUAUUGAUCAGAAAAGUGGUUUAUGUAAUGGAACUAGACUGCAGGUGUUGUCAUUGGGUAAUCGUGUUAUAGAAGCUCGAAUCAUAUCUGGAAGUAACAUUGGCCAUCGUAUUUAUAUUCCAAGAAUGAGUUUGACACCUUCAGACAAAAGAAUUCCGUUCAAAUUUCGAAGAAGACAAUUUCCGCUUGCUGUAUGUUUUGCAAUGACAAUAAAUAAGAGUCAAGGGCAGUCACUGUCAAAGGUUGGUUUGUUUCUGAGACAACCAGUUUUCACACAUGGUCAAUUGUAUGUUGCGUUAUCCAGAGUCAAAAGUAGAGAAGGGUUAAGGUUAUUAAUUUUAGAUAAAGAUGGUAAAGUUACAAACAAAACAACAAAUGUUGUAUACAAAGAAGUUUUUCGAGAUUUGUAA